AUGGAAUGUUCAAGUGUUUUCCAAUAUGGCAAAUGUUUUGAGUGCGGGAACACUAAUAGCGGUUCUAAUUGGUGUUAUAUAUGCCAAAGAGAUUCUCUUCAACAUAAUUUUCACAAAUGGACUAGUGGUGACAUCAAGAUUGAUUUAAUUAUUCAACAAACUCAACUCGAUGCAAAAGUAUGCGUAGAUUACCUUGAAUGGAUUCCAUUCGAUGAUUUUGAUUUUACCAAAUAUCAUGCAAGAGGUGCGUUCAGUGUCGUAUACUUUGGUAUUUGGAUUGACGGGCCUAGAUAUAUCCUGGAUGACGAUUCCCAGGAUUGGAUCAGAUCUGGGCCGACAAAAUGUGCUUUGAAAAGAAUCGAAAAUUCUCAAUCAAUGUCACAAGAAUAUUUAGAAAAUAUUAAAAAUUAUCAUAAAUGUUUUAGAAGUGCGUCUGCUGUUGUUGAUUGUUUUGGUAUUACACGUGAUCCUACUGGUCAUUACAUUGAUGAUCCUGAACCAUCACCAACUUCGGAACAAUUUGAUAUUGCCGAAGAAAAAAGAUUUGUUGAUUUAAUAAAUAAAACUUUUCCCAAACCAAACAUCCAUAAUCAAGCCAUAUAUAUCAGCCGAUUAUUAGAUUAUAAAUCUCUCUGUGAGAGUACACAACAAGAAUAA